GUAUCUUCACCAGGAAGUUGCUACAAUUUCAUUCAUUCCAGUUCAGUUCACGGACUGUAGAGUUUAUGCAUUAAGUAUUACAACACUUUAUUUCAAAAUGCGUAGACGAACCGAAGCUCAAGCACCAAGCAAUGUACCCGUCAAUGCUGAUAGAAAGGAUCCGGAUCAAAGACUGCACAGCCCAGCUGCAGCAGAGGGCAGAGUGUCUUACAGCUCUAUGCUCAUGAACAUUGGAAAGUGUUUACUUUUAAUCAUCAUCAUCCCUCCGUUCCUCAACUAUGCAUCAUUGCAGAGAGAAGGACAAAUGCUCUUGCCUAAAGAUAGCCAGAUUGUUGAUGUUGGUUUGGGUCAAAAGAUGCAUCUUUUGUGUAAAGGACAUGGACAACCAGUUGUCAUACUGGAUGCACCAACUGGAAUGUCCUCAGACGUCUGGUUGCAUGUCCAAGAAAAUGUGGCCUCAUUAACAAAGGUUUGCACCUAUGACAGAAUGGGACUGGGCUUCAGCAAGCGGCUGUUGCAGAAUGAAACCACAGGAACUGAGAAAGUUUGGGGGAUGUCAACAACUGGACGCAUGGUGGAUGAUCUACACAGACUCCUGCAGGCUGCUGGGAUAGCCAAGCCCUUCAUCCUGGUGGGCUCUGAGCUCGGCACACUCAAUGGCAGGUUUUACAGCCACAUUCAUGAUGUGCAAGUGUCAGACCUGGUGCUGAUUGAUCCCAUCCCAGAGGACGUUUUUGAGGAGGACCAGUGGAAAGACUACUGGUAUGGUAAGCUGUUGCCCUCCCUCCAAACCAGGCAGUUUUCGGCAGCUACAGGGCUGAGCCGCAUUUUGAUUAUCCUUGGGGCCAUCGAACCAACUAUUAAAGGAGAAAAUGUCUCAGAGGAGGUCAUCCAGCGCCAGAAAUACCUACUAAGUAACCCUGCCCACCAGAGCAGUGCUGUGGAUGAGCAUUACUUUUUAAAUGAAAGUGCGGCUCAAGUUAGGGAUAUCACAAAGUUUAAGCCCCUCUCCGGCAGGACGUCAGUGAGUGUGAUCACCGGGGAUUCCUUUGACCAGCAAAUACCAGAACACCUAAACCAGAUGGUUGCUAAGCUUCAAAAGAAGUUUCUGGAGGAGUCCUACCCGUCAGCCAAUCACAUUCACAUAAAAGGAGCAGACCGGCGAAUGAUCUACAAGAAGCCAUCUGCCAUCAGCAAGCACCUGAGGAAGCUAGUCAAUCAACGACAAGCAAAACAGCAGAGCGAGUGACCCGUGGCCAACAUGUAACUAUACCCCAGACUUGUACAGAGUAAUUGUUGAAUAUGUUUUAAAUAUUCAAUAAAAUAUUCAAGUUAUCUUUUU